UAAACCAUCAACUCCAUUUAGUAGUCGAUUUCCCCCUGAAAUUUCUCUUAAUUGUUUUUAUAAGUAUGCUUGUCUGAUUCUCUAAUUUCUCAUACCAACUUUCAUUAAUCAUUUUGGGUUGGUAAAAAUAAUACAAAUCAUGGGAAGUAAGAACAUUCUUUUAAUUUUUGGGCUUAUCAUAUCAACCUAUAUCCAUGUUGCAUCAGCAAGAGGAGUUUUCAAUGUUAUGAAAUUUGGCGCCGUCGGUGAUGGCAUUAGAGAUGAUACUCAAGCAUUCUUGAAAGCCUGGGCGGCAACAUGCGGGGAACACAAAGGAACACCAAAAAUGCUUGUUCCAAGAAGAAGGACAUUUUUAGUCGGACCUGUUGAUUUUAUUGGCCCUUGCAAGGCUAUAAAUGUCACCGUUGAGAUCGGUGGAACUAUUGUCGCACCACUGUCAACCAGAGCAUGGGCUAAGGAUGUUCAUACAUGGCUUAAAUUCAACAACAUUCAUGGACUCACUGUCAACGGACAUGGUGUAAUCGAUGCACGCGGUAAGGCUUGGUGGGAACAGUCGUGCCAUAACCUUAAGCACCAAAACCAACCGGGAUGCACCUCUCUACAACCAGCUGCGAUUAACUUCUGGGGAACAAAUGCCGGUACAUUCCGUGACAUGACCGUUAAAAAUGCGGCAAUGUUCCAUGUAACUCUCUUGGGUUUGGACGGUUUUGAAGUCCACAAUAUCAACAUUAACUCCCCUGAAGACACUCCCAACACAGACGGUAUUCACACUCAGAAUGUCAAACAUGUCACUAUUUCUGACAGCCAGUUCAGGAGCGGAGACGAUUGUGUGUCAAUUGGAGACAAGAGUUCGUACGUUUACGUACGUAACUGUCACUGUGGACCUGGACACGGAGUAAGUAUUGGAAGCCUUGGUUCAGGAGGAACUGAUGCCCAGGUAGAGGAGAUUCAUGUCGAAAACAUCAAAUUUGUUGGUACUAUGUUUGGUUGCAGAAUCAAGACUUAUCAGGGUGGGAAAGGAUACUGCCGUGCAGUCACAUUCAAGCACAGCAACUUCACUAAUGUGUUGAAUCCUCUCUAUAUCGACCAACAUUACUUCUCCAAUUCUCCAGUUGAGACAAGUGCUGUUCGUAUUAGCGAUGUGACCUUUGAUGAUUUGAGAGGAACAACCGAUAUACGUACACCAUCUGCUAUCUCCAUGAAAUGCAGUAAUGUAGUUGCUUGCACCGGUCUUAAAUUCAACAACAUCCACUUGACACCUGCAAAGCCUGGAACUAAACUUGUUUCUACCAUUAACAAUGCCCAUGGAGCCGUACUUGGAAGAGUUGAACCUCCCUUGGUUGGUUUGAAAGCAGCAAUAUAAUAUGCUAACCAGCAUGCACCACGCCAGACUGCGUGCCUCUUCGAUGCUUGUAAAAGAAUGUUUUUUACUUCCAGUUAUAUCCCAAAUUGAUGUGAAAGCUUGAUGUAUCAUAUUUGAGUACCUACGGGUGUACUAAUGAUAUGGCUUUCCUUGAUUAUUUAAGCAUAUAAAGGUCCAACCAGAAAGAACAAAACAAGAACAUCCUAAAAGUCAUUUAUGCUAUAAUCCGAACUUUUCCUCUUCUC